GCUGUCCCCGAGAAGUCCGGAGUGGGUGUCCCGCGGCAUCGCUCCCCUCGCUCGCUCCGCCCCGGCGCUUGUGGUUCCGCCUGUCCGCCUGUGGCUCAGCGCGCCGGGCCUGCUCUCCGCUGCCUCCCCAGAUCUCUUAGUCUGAACCCCGGUGUGUUUGCGUACAGAGUAUCAUGAAGACUGUUCUGGAGGAAGGAUGGGCCUCUGAGAUGAUUUGAAUGCUCAUGCUGGGUUUUACCUCGGCUUUCUGCCUUCCAUUGACUGUGGCACACUAAAAAAAAACUCCCUCUAAGAAUGAAAUAUGACUGAUGAUUCUCAGAGAAACUUUCGAUCAGUCUACUAUGAGAAAGUUGGGUUUCGUGGAGUUGAAGAAAAGAAAUCACUGGAAAUCCUCCUGAAAGAUGACCCUUUGGACAUUGAGAAGCUUUGCACCUUUAGCCAGAGGUUCCCUCUCCCAUCCAUGUACCGCGCAUUGGUCUGGAAGGUGCUUCUAGGGAUCUUGCCUCCACACCAUGACUCUCAUGCCCAGGUGAUGGCCUAUCGCAAAGAUCAGUACUCUGAUGUCCUUCAUGCCCUGAGAGUAGUUCGCUUCAUCAGUGAUGCCACCCCCCAGGUGGAAGUGUAUCUUCGCAUGUAUCAGCUUGAGUCUGGGAAGUUGCCUCGAAGUCCCUCUUUUCCGCUGGAGCCGGAGGAUGAAGUCUUUCUGGCCAUCGCUAAAGCCAUGGAAGAGAUGGUGGAGGAUAGUGUCGACUGUUACUGGAUCACCCGAUGCUUUGUGAAGCAGUUAAACAGCAAGUUCCGGGACUCUUUGCCUCAGCUGCCCAAGGCCUUUGAGCAGUACUUGAAUCUGGAAGAUAGUAGGCUGCUGAGUCACCUGAAGACGUGUGCUGCAGUGUCCAAACUUCCUUAUGAUCUCUGGUUCAAAAGGUGCUUUGCGGGAUGCCUGCCUGAGUCCAGUUUGCAGAGGGUCUGGGAUAAAGUUGUAAGUGGAUCCUGUAAGAUCCUAGUAUUUGUAGCAGUAGAAAUAUUAUUAACCUUUAAAAUAAAAGUCAUGGCAUUGAACAGUGCGGAGAAGAUCACCAAGUUCCUGGAAAACAUUCCUCAGGACAGCUCAGACGCUAUUGUGAGCAAGGCCAUCGACUUGUGGCACAAACACUGUGGGACCCCAGUCCAUUCAGCCUGACAGCUUGCGACGUUGUGGACAGUCUGCAGACCCCCCCUGAGCACAUUGUCCAUGUCACUUGGUCUACUAACUGUUUAGAAAUGGUAAUCUUGCUGUGGUGCUCAAAAUGUAACACCCCCAUCCCCUACUUAGUAAAGUAAUUUAAUCACAA